AUGUCGACCACGCCCAUUUCGCCCUAUUGUGAGUUUGCCGACGUCUCGUUUCCAUCUCUUCCAGAGAGCUUGUACCGCGUGCAUGUGAAGGCCAACGCGGCGCAGACCCGCGCCGAGAUCUGGCUCGAGUCCAAGAACGCCAAGCUCCAAUGGCAGUGCACGGUCGAGGACUUUGACAAGCAUAUUGCGUCCCGGUACGCACUUCCAGCGGCAGUCGUUUUGACGAGCAUCAAGGUACAUGUACUGUUUCAUUCAUCGUGA